CUCUCUCAACCCUCUUCUCUUCUUCAUCGUCUUCAAUGGAGAACAACGAAUCUACUAAUGGUACCAAGUCUUCUUCUUUCGUCUUUAAUAAGCGAAGAGCUGAAGGAAUUGAUAAAACCGAUAAGAAAAAAAGAAAUCUUGAACGCAAAACCCAAAAGCUUAAUCCCUCUAACACUAUUGCUUACGCACAGAUUCUUGGAACGGGAAUGGAUACUCAGGAUACAUCAUCUUCUGUAUUACUCUUCUUUGACAAGCAAAGAUUCAUCUUUAAUGCUGGAGAGGGCUUGCAACGUUUUUGUACAGAGCAUAAGAUUAAACUAUCAAAGAUAGAUCAUGUGUUUUUGUCUCGUGUCUGCUCAGAGACAGCAGGAGGACUUCCAGGUCUGUUACUAACUCUUGCUGGUAUUGGUGAAGAAGGGCUUUCGGUGAAUGUAUGGGGUCCUUCAGAUCUUAACUAUUUAGUUGAUGCAAUGAAGUCAUUUAUUCCACGGGCGGCUAUGGUUCAUACGCGGAGUUUUGGUCCCUCGAGUACACCUGAUCCUAUUGUUCUUGUGAACGACGAAGUUGUGAAAAUAUCCGCCAUUAUCUUAAAACCGUCUCACUCUGAGGAAGAAGACUCUGUCAACAAAUCUGGCGAGCUCUCAGUUGUAUAUGUAUGUGAAUUACCUGAAAUAUUGGGAAAAUUUGACUUAGAGAAGGCCAAGAAGAUAUUUGGUGUUAAGCCUGGUCCAAAAUAUAGUAAACUUCAGUCCGGAGAAUCAGUGAAGUCGGAUGAAAGAGAUAUAACGGUUUAUCCAAGUGAUGUAAUGGGACCUUCACUUCCUGGUCCCAUUGUUCUCCUUGUGGACUGUCCAACAGAGUCGCACGCCGCAGAACUGUUCUCAGUCAAGUCUUUGGAGAGCUAUCAAACCGAUGGAGCAAAGUUUGUAAAUUGUAUUAUACAUUUGAGUCCAUCUUCUGUGACAAGUAGUCCUACUUACCAAAGCUGGAUGAAGAAGUUUCAUUCGACUCAACACAUUCUUGCUGGCCAUCAAAGGAAGAAUAUGGCUUUCCCAAUUCUGAAAGCAAGUUCAAGAAUCACUGCCAGACUUAACUAUCUAUGCCCGCAGUUCUUUCCUGCUCCUGGAUUUUGGCCUUCUCAACUCCUUGCUCAUAUGUCGAUGAUAGAUUCCACUCCUUGGAACAAGUGCUCAAGUUCAAAUCUUGCUGAAAGCAUUUCUGCUGAAAAUCUCCUCAAGUUCAAUUUGCGUCCCGUGGCUAUUCGUGGGAUAGACAGAUCUUGUAUCCCUGCUCAAUUGACAUCCUCAGAAGUAUUGGAUGAGCUACUUUCUGAAAUUCCGGAGAUUACAGAUAAAAGCGAAGAAAUCAAGCAGUUCUGGAAUAAACAACACAACAAGACGAUCAUCGAAAAGCUAUGGCUGACUGAGAGCAAUACUGUUCUUCCUAGCUGUCUUGAAAACAUUAGACGAGAUGACAUGGAGAUUGUUAUCUUAGGCACUGGUUCGUCUCAGCCUUCGAAAUACCGAAAUGUCAGUGCAAUUUAUAUUGACCUAUUCUCUAGAGGUAGUCUUCUCCUAGAUUGCGGUGAAGGAACCUUGGGGCAGCUUAAAAGAAGAUAUGGUUUAGACGGUGCAGAUGAGGCGGUUAGAAAGUUGAGAUGUAUAUGGAUCUCUCACAUCCACGCCGAUCACCAUACGGGUCUUGCGAGGAUUCUAGCUCUUAGAAGCAAGCUUUUGAAAGGAGUGACUCAUAAGCCAGUUAUUGUGGUGGGACCGAGGCCGCUUAAACGUUUUCUCGAUGCAUAUCAAAGACUUGAGGAUUUGGAUAUGGAAUUUCUUGAUUGUAGAAGCACCACAGCAACUUCUUGGGCCUCUUUAGAAAGCGGCGGCGGCGAUGCAGAGGGUUCUUUGUUUAGUGAAGGAAGUCCUAUGCAGAGUGUCUUCAAAAGAUCUGAUAUCCCGACGGAUAAUUCUUCGGUUUUGCUGUGUUUAAAGAAUCUGAAGAAGGUUCUUAGCGAAAUCGGAUUGGAUGAUUUGAUUAGUUUUCCUGUUGUACAUUGUCCUCAAGCCUAUGGUGUCGUUAUAAAAGCAGCUGAAAGAGUAAAUAGUGUUGGAGAACGAAUCCCGGGAUGGAAAAUGGUUUAUUCAGGCGAUACAAGACCUUGUCCCGAGAUCGUUGAAGCAUCACGAGAUGCAACAGUUCUUAUACAUGAGGCGACAUUUGAAGAUGCAUUGAUAGAAGAAGCUUUGGCGAAGAAUCACAGCACGACUAAAGAAGCAAUCGAUGUGGGAUCUUCGGCAAAUGCGUAUCGGAUUGUUCUCACGCAUUUUAGCCAGAGAUAUCCGAAGAUUCCAGUGAUUGAUGAGUCGCAUAUGCAUAAUACCUGCAUUGCCUUUGAUCUGAUGAGUAUAAACAUGGCAGAUUUGCAAGUGCUUCCUAAGGUUUUACCGUAUUUCAAAACUCUCUUCAGAGAUGAGAUGGUUGAAGAUGAGGAUGCAGAUGGUGUUGCCAUGGAAGAAGCUUUGUGAUGACUUAAAACACUACAAUAGGUGUUUUCUUGUUCAAUUGCUCUCUGUUUCUAGUUUUAUAGGAUUAGGACAGUGUUAUAGUAGUUGACAUAUUAAUUGCGUUAAUUAAGCAACUCAGGCAAU